AUGGGGUUGAAUUAUCCAAUCAUUUUUACUACCAUGGCAAGAGAAUUUGAUAUUUCGUAUACUUUAGGAUUUAUUCGUUGUGAAGAUAACAACAAGAUUCUAUUAUUAAACAGAAACAAACCGCCAUGGAUGGGUUUAUAUAAUGGAAUUGGUGGUAAAAUCCAACCCAAUGAAACACCAUUGGAAUGUAUGAUUAGAGAAGCAAAUGAAGAAACUGGAUUAAGUUUGACACAUUUUACUAAUAGAGGUGUAUUGACUUGGGAAGUUGAAUAUAGUGAAAAAGUAACUCCCCAACAACCUAGAACAGGUGGAUUGUAUUUAUUUACCGCUGAUAUUUCUUUAGCACAAUAUGAGAAUUAUAGAACUCCAUUGGUUUAUAAUGAUGAAGGGAUAUUGGAUUGGAAAGACUGGGUAUGGAUCAUGCAUUCAAAUAAUCUUGGUGUAGUUGACAAUGUAAAGAUUGUCUUACUGUAUUUGUUUAGUAGCAAAGAAGAGGAUUUGUUCAUGGUAAAAUAUAACGAUUACAAUUUGAUUAAUUGUGUUCAUUAUCCCGGUAAGAAUCCAUUGUGUCAAAAAAGCGCAGCAAGCUAA